UGUGGACUUGCAGAGUGAGCCCCGGAAGUCGUGGACGCCGUUGGGCUUGAGGCCCGACUGCACUUUGGUCGGGAGCUCUGCAGCUUUGGGAGGCGGCCGUUGCCAUGACGGCCCAGGGGAGCCUGGUGGCCAACCGAGGCCGGCGCUUCAAGUGGGCGAUUGAGCUGAGCGGACCUGGAGGAGGCAGCAGGAGCCGAAGUGACCGGGGCGGUGGACAGGGAGACUCGCUGUACCCAGUUGGUUACUUGGACAAGCAAGUGCCUGAUACCAGCGUGCAAGAGACAGACCGGAUCCUAGUGGAGAAGCGCUGCUGGGACAUUGCCUUGGGUCCCCUGAAACAGAUUCCCAUGAACCUCUUCAUCAUGUACAUGGCAGGCAAUACUAUCUCCAUCUUCCCUACUAUGAUGGUGUGUAUGAUGGCUUGGCGACCCAUUCAGGCACUUAUGGCCAUUUCAGCCACUUUCAAGAUGCUAGAAAGUUCAAGCCAGAAGUUUCUUCAGGGUUUGGUGUAUCUCAUUGGGAACCUUAUGGGUUUGGCAUUGGCUGUUUAUAAGUGCCAGUCAAUGGGACUCUUGCCUACACAUGCAUCAGAUUGGUUAGCCUUCAUUGAGCCCCCUGAGAGGAUGGAGUUCAGUGGAGGAGGACUGCUUUUGUGAACCUGAGAAAGAAGCACGUGGUGCCUAUGUAUUUGGAUCUCAUUUACAGCCGCCUUCAUGCCCAGUGGCUCCUCCUCAGCAUACUAACCCUUAACAUUAUCACUCACUGAAAAGGACCAAAAGGUCUCUUUUCUCCAUGGUGAAGAGACAAAUCCUAGAAAGACAAUGUACAUAUCACUACAAACACAAAAAAACUACCACAACUCUUGACUGAAAAUAAGGUAGAAAACUUUAUUUAUGUUUCCAGUAGAGAGCAAAACAACAAAUAAAACCAUAACUCUGUAAACAAAAGAGUGGUUGCUGAUAAAUCAAGAGCUACAGCAGCAUCUCCUUUUAAUAAAUUAAAUGGUUGAGAACAGUGCUUUAAAAAAAAGUUGCACAAGUUUCCCUUAAAUCUAUCCUCCUUAAUAUUUCACUUCUAUUUAACACAAGCUGGGACAUAAAAAUUCUGUUGGAGAUACUAGAGAAAUGUGAGAAAAUAAUGCUGAAUUCAGAUUAUACAUGAUGAAAAGAAAAAUAAACCAGACAAAAAAAAGCACAUAAAAUGCUUACAGUGUAAUUGCUACUUUAAUAUCCACAAAAAUGGAUUUUUAACAUGUUUAGGGAGAAAGAGGAUUGGUGAGAUCUCUGGGGACACAGGAAUCUGAGGCAACGGAAGAUACAAAGUAGUGAUCUUUCCCCUGCCAAAAGGAAUUUGGCACCUGUCAAGACAGAUGCUGCAAUUCAAACUUAAGCUUUUAAGAUAGCUAUAAAAGGCAGAGGGCCAGCAGUUGGAAAAUGAAUAUUGUCAUAACCUGCCCUGGUAAAGUCAUAGCUAAGACUUAAAAGCUGGAUAUCUUCAAAAGGCAGGAGGAGGUCUUUCCUUUCUCUUCCUGCUUGAAACACAAAGCCCCUUCCCCUAAGGUGCAUUUUCUCAUCAAGUUUUCGGUAUUGCUUUAUUUGCAGUGAUUAAAAGAGACAAGACACCUUGCAGACAACAUAAGCAACACAUAGACAUGAAAUGCUCUAGACAGAGAUGAGUUUAAAUCUGGCCUAAUAACCACUUCCCCAUGUAACAGUGAUUGUGUUUUAGGGCCUAAAGUAGGGGCUGUAUUAGCAGCCGCUAAUUCCAUUAUCCCUUCAAAGGAUUCUUACAGAGCUCCAGCCACAAAAAGCUCUUGUAAAACUAACCUUAUUUCCUGCCCGUAUUUUUUCUAUACGGGAAAAAAUAUUUAUCACUUUGGCCAGAGGUUUUGUGUAAAUGUAAAGGAA